GCCCUCCCCGCAAUCUACUCCGUGCCGGGCCUCAGAGGAGCAGCUGGAGAGCACGGCGGGCUGCUGGACCUCCCUCCGGCAGCAAGAGCCUCGGGCCACUCACGACAGCGACGCAGGGCUGGCAGACGGGGCGCUCUCAUCUCCGCGCUGGGUGGGGCUGCUGGGAUCAGACCCCGUCCUGUGUGGCAGAGUCUCACAGCUGCCUCCAGCCCUCAAACAGAGGGUCUGCUCUGCUCCAAACCCCGUCUCAAACCGUUGCUCCGUCGUGCAUCCCUGGGCUGCUGACCUAGGCUCAGAAGAUGGAUGGUCCAGAGCCCAGCUGGCUGGUAAAUCGCUCCCUUCCCCUUCCACUGGGCUCUGCUCAAUAUCCUGAGCUCAAACUUGACCUGCUCGACAGGAAAGGUUCCUGCCUGCAGCUGGCUGCCAUGAGGAAUGUGAACAUCAUCCUGCAGCACUACAACUUCACAGGCAAGCUGACCAACCGGCAGUCUGGGGAUGAGGGCAUGGGUCUCAUCCGCACAACCUUUGUCGUCAUCAGCUGCAUCAUCAUCCUGGAGAACCUGCUCGUGCUGCUGGCCAUCCUGCGGUGUCUGCGAGCCCGCCGCUGGGUCUACUCCUGCAUUGCCAGCAUCACCGUGAGCGACCUGCUUGCAGGAAUUGCCUAUCUUUCUAAUCUCUGCCUCUCGGGCAAGAAGACCUUCCAGCUUUCACCUCAGCUCUGGUUCCUGCGGGAAGGCAUCCUCUUCAUCGCACUGGCUGCCUCCACCUUCAGCUUGCUUGUGACCGCCAUCGAGCGCUACAGUGCCAUGGUAAGGCCAAUCGCUGAGAAUGAAGCCAGCAAGACCCUGCGCUUACGUGCCCUGAUCAUUUCUUCUUGGCUGCUGGCUUUCAUCAUCGGACUGCUCCCGCUGCUGGGCUGGAACUGCCUGUGCGACUUCAAUGCCUGCUCUGUCCUCCUGCCUCUGUACUCCAAGAACUACAUCCUUUUCUCCGUAGUCAUGUUCAGCAUCAUCCUCCUGGGGAUCGUCGGCCUCUACAUCUCCAUCUUCCAGCUGGUCCAGGCCAGCUCUAAGCAAACCAGCUCUCGGCACAGCCGCAUACGGUCCAUGCGCUUGCUCAAGACUGUGCUGAUGAUCCUGAGCGCCUUCAUCAUGUGCUGGAGCCCACUCUUUGUCCUGUUGCUCUUUGACGUCUUCUGUGAGACCCAGACCUGCUCACACCUCCACAACCUGGACUGGACCUUGGCUCUGGCCAUGCUCAACUCGGGCAUUAACCCCAUCAUUUACUCCCUCUGGAGCGUGGAGGUGCGCCGCGCUGUGGGAAGCCUCCUGUGCUGCUGCUGCGUCAGGGUCGGGCUUUGCAAGCCUGGGAACUGCCUGGUCAUCACAGACAUCAACUCUGGCUCGUCCACAGAGAGCUCCCUGCGUUACCGGGAAAGUUUCCGCAGCUCUGUAGCAUGGAACGCCCGGCCCAGAGCACCUCUCUCCAGCAACUCCAGCAUGAUGAGCAACCUCCCCAGCCUCUGAGAGGCCCUGGUGCCAGACAGCCCCCCAGGACCUCGUGCUGCUGGUCCUGGCCUGGCAGAACUGUAGCUUCCAUGCAGCUCAGGCUGACCAGGUGCAGCCCCCCCACCCCAGUUUUUAACCGGCCAGGCUUUCCAGUCCCUUCAGACUGGGAUGUUGCUUCAUUGUGGGUGCAGCAUAGGGACAGGCAUUGCUCCUGGGAUGGGAGUGAAGGACACGGGCGCAUUGUGGGGUUGGCGCUCUGCUGAGACAACUGGUUAUAAGUGGACCCUGUUCUGGGUGUGCAUGAGUAUAGAUGCUGUACCUGCCCAGAUGAGGGUGUUUCGCCCCAGGGCACAGUGACAAAUAGGGUGGGUAUCCCCAACCAGACUGUCCCCCAACCCCUGGGGAUCAGGCUGAGCUGGCAACGCUGCCACUGCACGUCAUGCAGGGCUGGAGGCGAUACUUGAGUCUUCUCCUGCGGCUUACAGCCUCCUGGAAUUGCCGUGAUGGGCGCAGACGCUGGGAAAGGCUGCAGCCUUGAUGUCUUGCCAGGGAGUCAAGAACAACUGGGUUUGCAAGCGCAAGUGCGUGCAGCUGUGGGGCAGCUCGGAGGCCCCUGGCCAGGAAGCGAGUGCCCACCUGGAGCGCAGCACAAACCAGCCACGGGAUGGCAGGGGGCUGCGGGAACAGCCCAGUCCCUCGCCGGAGCGCAGAGGUUGGGCGUUGUGCCUGCGCGAGCGCCGUGACGGUGCUCAAAGCUCGGCAGCAAGAAGUUAAGAGCCUCAACGUGCCUCUGGGUACGGGGCUGCACCCGCCGUGGCAGCGCUGGCACCGCCACGGGAGGCACCCGCAGUGACUGGCUCCUCGGGUUUGGGGCUUCCCAGUUCAAGGACAGGGACCUGCUGGAGAGGGGACAGUAAAGGGCUAUGGAGAUGAGUAGGGGACUGGAACACCUCUCUUGUGAAGAAAGGCUGAGGGAUUUGGGGCUCUUUAGUUGGAAAAGAGAAGACUGAGGGGGAUCUUAUCAACGCUGAUAAAUACUGAAAGGGGGGGUGUCAGGAGGAUGGGGCCAGGCUCUUCUCAGUGGUGCCCGGGGACAGGACAAGGGGUAACGGGCACAAACUUGCCCAUGGGAAGUUCCAUCUCAAGACGAGGAGGAACUUCUUUGCUGUGAGGGUGGCAGAGCCCUGGCACAGGCUGCCCAGAGAGGUGGGGGAGUCUCCGUCUCUGGAGACAUUCCAACCCCGCCUGGACGCGUUCCUGUGCCCCCUGCUGUGGCUGACCCUGCUGUGGCCGGGGGUUGGAGGAGAUGGUCUCCAGAGGUCCCUUCCAACCCCAACAUUCUGUGAUUGUGUGGUGGAGGCCCCAUCCCUGGAGACAUUCAAGGCCAGGCUGGAUGAGGCUCUGAGCGACCUGAUCUAGUUCAAGCUGUCCCUGCUCGCUGCAGGGGGGUUGGACCAGAUGGCUUUUAAACGUCCCUUCCAACACAACACAUCCUGUGAUUCUAUUCUAUGACUGAGGAGUCUGGUCCCAUCAAGCAUGGCAGAGCUACCCACUCCCAUGGGGCCGAACCUCUCAGGCAACACACACCUGUACAGCAGAGGGUUCGCAGCGCUGGGGCCUCCCAGAGAGGUGUGCCAUGCUCCGGCAAACGUGCCAAGUCCUAAGAUGCCCACUGUGGAGGGCACUGGAAGGUUGAGCAGCAGCUUCUAGAUGGCUUUGCAUUCUAUUGUCUCUGGUGGGGUUUGGCUCACACCAGAACAGAAGCAGCAGGACCUGUUUCCUCUUCCUUUCUGGGCCGAAAAGGCUGCAUCCUUCCCGAAACUUUUCUGAAAACAGUGUUUGCAACAGAACACAUUUGCAAGAAUCACUUGAGUCUGUAAGAGAGUCAUCACCGGGAGCGGGGUGGAGCCGGCCCCGAGCCCUUCCGAAGUUCAGCACAGCUGGGGAAAGGAAGGGAGGCGUCUGACCCCAGCGUGUUCGCUCUGAGCGCUACCACAUUCGGGGAAGGGGGUCAUCCAUGCUCGGCCAGGGAAAUGUCCUGAGGGUCUCCACCUCCCUGUGAGCCGGGCAGAGAAGGUCCCCAAGGACCCCGGACACACAGCACUGACUCUCCCCUGGCUCCCCAGGGCCGAGCCCUGCUCUUCCCUUCCCCAACCCAGUGAAAAAUCAGAGCAGCGCCCACACGCCUCCUCUCCCCGGGCAAAGGAGGCCAAAGCCACCCAAGCGCUGGGGUGGAGAAGCUCCUGACGACUUCAGACCUACCCGCG